GAAAAAAUCAAUUUAAUAAUUUUAUUGUCCAAAAUUUCACAAUGAAUGGUUCAGAUGUAAAAGACAAAGUGGGGACCCUAUAGGGUUUAAGUUUAAGUAAACACCUCACCUUUCAUCCCAUCUCCUCCACCUCCUACUACCACCACCACCACCACCAUCAAUGGUGCAGAGGGCUCUAGUGUCAUUAUUCCAACAAAGCCAACCACCACAGCUAUAUGUUUCUCUAUAAACCCUCCAGUCUUGAAGCUAUAAAACAUUUAUUCUUUCCUUUACUUUCUUAUUUAAUAUACUGAGCUAUCUCCCCAUUAGUUGUCUUUGAUUUAACUACCCAUUAAUUACACAUCUCUAUUUCAGAGUCUUGUCCCUCGUUCUUCAACCGUCCCAACUUGCGAUAACGCACACACACAAAUAGAGAGAGAGAUGGCUAAAGAGAUGAAACAUAGUAGCAUGUACUUGGAGCAGGCAGACCUAGAAGGAUAUGAAAACAGUGGAAUUCACAAGAACCUGGAUGAUGAUGGUCGAGCUAAAAGAACUGGGACAUGGGUGACUGCGAGUGCUCAUAUCAUCACCGCUGUGAUUGGAUCAGGAGUGCUGUCCCUAGCAUGGGCCAUAGCGCAGUUGGGCUGGGUGGCAGGGCCGGCUAUUCUCAUGGCGUUCUCUUUCAUAACUUUUUUCACUUCCACUCUUCUUGCAGAUUCCUACAGGUCGCCUGAUCCUGUCACCGGCAAAAGAAACUACACAUACACGGAUGCCGUGAGAGCCAACUUAGGUGGCCGGAAAGUUCUCCUAUGUGGGUUGGCUCAGUAUGUGAAUCUGGUAGGAGUCACAAUCGGUUACACUAUUACAGCAUCUAUUAGCAUGGUGGCUGUAAAGAGGUCAAAUUGUUUCCACAAGCAUGGACAUGAAAACAAAUGCCAUAUAUCAAAUUAUCCCUACAUGAUUAUCUUUGCUGGGAUCCAAAUCAUCCUGAGCCAAAUACCAAACUUCCACAAGCUCUCAUGGCUCUCAAUUCUUGCAGCUGUGAUGUCUUUCGCCUAUUCUUCAAUUGGUCUGGGACUGUCCAUUGCAAAAGUAGCAGGAGGGGGAGCUGCAAGGACAAGCUUAACAGGAGUAACAGUGGGGGUGGACGUGACAGCAGCUCAGAAGGUAUGGAAGGCAUUCCAAGCAAUCGGGGAUAUUGCUUUUGCUUACGCUUACUCUACUGUUCUUAUCGAGAUACAGGAUACAGUCAAAUCAAGUCCUCCUGAGAACAAAGCUAUGAAGAAAGCAUCCUUUGUCGGCAUCCUGACAACCACCCUGUUCUACGUCCUAUGUGGUUGUGUUGGUUAUGCAGCAUUUGGAAAUGAUGCUCCUGGCAAUUUCCUCACAGGUUUUGGAUUUUAUGAACCUUUUUGGCUGAUCGAUUUUGCCAAUGUUUGCAUUGCUGUUCACCUCAUUGGUGCCUACCAGGUUUUCUGCCAGCCAAUCUUCAGUUUUGUGGAGAGGAGCUGCAACCAGAGGUGGCCUGAGAACAAGUUCAUAACAAGAGAACACGACAUUAACAUUCCUUUUUAUGGUGUGUAUUACCUCAACUCAUUCAGAUUAGUGUGGAGGACACUGUACGUUAUAGUGACUGCUGUGGUAGCCAUGAUCUUCCCAUUCUUCAAUGACUUCUUGGGUCUCAUCGGAGCAGCUGCAUUCUGGCCAUUGACAGUGUACUUUCCGAUAGAGAUGUACAUAGCACGCACAAAAAUGCCAAAGUUCUCUUUCACAUGGACAUGGCUGAAAAUAUUGAGUCUCGCCUGCUUGGUGGUAUCACUUGUUGCUGCAGCUGGAUCAGUUGAAGGUCUGAUGAACUCUCUCAAGACCUACAAGCCCUUCCAAUCUGAUCAAUAAUAAAUUUUACUCAGUAACAAGUUCAAAGUUUUAUUGGUUGCAGAUGAAAUUAAUCAAAUCCGAAUGUUCAUCUGUAUUGAAUUGCUUGUACUCCUCUAUCAAUUAAAAACUAGUAUAAAAAGCCUGCUUUCUUCA